UCUCAGUAUCUCCUAGCUGGGAGUGAGGGAGGUCUUGCAUACAUGCAUUUGUGAGAUCCCAUCUCUUUGGUUAUGUGUUUCUAGUGUGAGCAGUUGACAUUCCUUUACUGUGUAAUUUAUUUGGUGGUGUUACCGGUAUGCUGUUGCAUUUGUGGUGUGCAGCAUGAUUUUUCAUUGCUAUUUAUAACAUUGGUAUUAAUGGUAAGCUUGGUGGUAUAGUAAGAAAAAAAGGAUUAUGAUCUCUUCCCCAAUGGAUCACAGAAGAUAGGAAACAAUGUAUUUCAUAAUGGAACAAUGUAAAUAAAAUGCUACUCAUUAAUUAAAAGUGAUUAACUGAAAGAGAAUACAGUUAGUUAGACGCACUGAAUCUUAAAAAUAGAUAAUGUUCUUAAAAUAUAUUUUAAGUGCACAAAUAUCAAGGAAUUAAAGAAGGUUCUUGUGAACAGUCUUUUGUUCAUGGAUUUCCUGGUAUCAUAGAAUCACAGAAUUCCCUGAUUAAAAAGGAAUGUGUGUCAUAUUGUUAAGGUCUUUGAAUGUGUCCUGAGAAGGGCAACAAAGCCAGUGAAAGGGCUGGAAGCAAUGUCCUCUGAGGAAGAGCGAAGGACUUUGGGCUUGUCUAGUUUGGAAAAAAGGAGGCUGAGGGAUGACCUCAUUGCCCUCUACAACUUCCUUAGGAGGGGAAGUGGAGAGGGAGGUGCUGAUCUCUUCACCCUGGUAUCCAGUGAUAGGACUUGUGGGAAUGGUUCAACUCUGUGCCAGGAAGGUUCAGACUGGACAUUGGGAAGCAUUUCUUUACGAGGGUGGUCAUGCACUGGAACAGAGAGGUGGUCAAUGCCUCAAGCCUGUCAGUGUUUAAGAAGUAUUUGGACAGUGCCCUUAACAACGUGCUUUGUCCCUUGCCUGAAGUGGUCAGGCAGUUGGACUAGAUUGAUGACUGUGGAUCCCAUCCAACUGAAAAUAUUCUAUUCUAUUGUAUAUGUCAUCCAGCUUUUGGACUUCUCCCCAUCUUCAGUAGAGACCUUAUGGAAAUGCUUCUGAAAAGAAAAAAAAAAUUAGUUUUGAAUGCAGGUCAGAUGCAAUAACUUCAGUUCCUUCCCACAAGGUACAUAAGAUGAAACAGCCUCAUUAACUCUUUGCUCUGAGAAAAUGCUUGGCAGUACUACAAUGAUUGGAAUUUUCCAUGUCUUUUCCAGCUGUAAGAGAGGAGUAAAAAAGUGAAAAACCAGCAGCAGAAUACUCUCAGGUAACAGACUAAUGUAAAUAUUUUACUGGAAUUUCUCAGGAAAUAUUAGUAAGGUGUUUUUUGUAUAGCAUAAUUCUGUAGAUUUUAGUCAACAUACUAGGUUAGGCUACCAACCCUCAGAAGCCCUUCCUAUGCCAGAUGCCUAGAUAAAGGUCAGAGGGGGCGUGACUCACCUGUGAGGAGUGUGUUGUCACCACCAACUCUGGGCAGGACAGUCCCACCUGUGGUGUCCCAAUUUCCACGGCAGAUGCUCGGUUGGCCCGGAUUGGCCGUGCUGGUUCCCCGCCCUGCCACGGAUUGGCCAAGCCUUCCAUCUCCUCUCUCUCAUCUUCCUGGGACACCUGCACUGCCCGGCUGCAGCUCCUCCACACUGACCACAGAGGGACCAGAGGAUGCCCACGCAUCAGCACUUGGUCGAUAAGAUGAAGAGACCCUCCUGCUUGUUUUUUUUGUUCUGUGGGGUAUUUUUGCCUGGAAUCCUCAGUUUUCCACAGACAAACACCUCAAUCGAUUGUGAUUCUCUGUUACCAAACUAUGAAACUGAACCACAGACAUCUGCACCACCAUAUAUUAUUGCUGUAUCUUUUGAUAACUUUGAGCCAGGAAAUGAAAUCCAAGUGACUCUAGAAGCACUUGGAGAAGCUGGUUUUAAAGGAUUUAAUCUACAAGCUCGAGAAAUAGAUGGAGAUACUCCUGUUGGUACUUUUAAAAUUACAGAUCCAAACACCAAAGGCUUGGAAUGUCAUAAUAUGACGAAUUCAGCAAUAAGUCAUGCAAAUUCAGAUGUGAAACAGAAAGUUACAACAACAUGGAUUGCUCCACAUGAUGUUGGAGAGCUUCAAUUUAUUGCAACCGUUGUUCAAAAUCUAGAGAAUUUUUGGGUUGGAAUUCAAAGCAAAACUCUCACACCUACACAUUCUGAGUCUGUUAAUGGGACAGGAAAAAGUAAAAGGAAGCUUAUGAUAGAAGUAGAAUGUAACAAGCGUGGAGGGACUUACACAACACAAGGCCGAUGCAUCAUGGUUGGACCUUCAGGCUCUUCUCAGAGCAGCUAUUCAGGCAGUCAGGGUGGAGUAGUCUACACAAUAAGCAGCAGUGGAUGUGGCCCUGGAGGUGCUGCUGGUACAUAUGGUCAGCAUGCCUGCAGAGAUAGUGCAUCUUCAUCCGGCAUUUCCUAUGGCCAGUCUGUCCCUUCAAGCAGCUCUGAUUCCAGUAAGAAGGUAGUGGUCGUUGCCAACAGCAACCCUUUUCCACCUGUGCGUCAUACCUUCCCCCAGAGUUUGGGAAGUUCUGCUACAAGGAUCAUAGUACAGAGUGGACAAAGACAGCAAAGCAGCAGCAGCAGCACUUACAUUACGGGUUCCCAAGGCAGCCAGUCCUAUGGCCAGGGCUACAGACCUCAAGGUGGCAGUUCCUCUGGCCAGGGUGGGCCAAGUUUCUCAGGCAGCAGCAGUUCCUAUGGCCAGGGUUCCCAAGGCAGCCAGUCCUAUGGCCAGGGCUACCAGCCUCAAGGUGGCAGUUCCUAUGGACAGGGCUACAGACCUCAAGGUGGCAGUUCCUAUGGCCAGGGUGGGCCAAGUUUCUCGGGCAGCAGCAGUUCCUAUGGUCAGGGUUCCCAAGGCAGCCAGUCCUAUGGCCAGGGCUACCAGCCUCAAGGUGGUAGUUCCUAUGGACAGCAGGGUGGAUCUUCUUCAAGUGGCAGCAGCGGUUGUGGACAAGGUGUUUCAUAUGAUAGCAAUCCCUGCCACCAGGGUGGAUCACAGGGUGGAUCACAGGGUAGUCAGGGUGGAUCAUACUCACAAAACUAUGGUGGUAGCCAACAGAGUGGAUCAUCAUCCUCACAAAAUUAUGGUAGCAACCAGGAUGGAUCCUCCUCACAAAACUAUGGUGGUGGCCAAGGUGGAUCAUCCUCCUCAGACACCUAUUAUGAUAAUCAGGAUUCACAAUAUUCCCCAGAUUAUAAUCCCAAUGCUUGUGAUGAUAAUGACACUACUUACAGUGCCAAGAGUCGGGGUUCUGGUUGUGCAAAGAAGAAAGUUCUUGUUGCCCGAGAUACAUCACAUGCUUUAAGCAGAAGAGCCUAUGAUGUACAGAAUGCAUCUUCUCCUUCAAACAGCAGCCACACUGACGUCCAGGGUGGAUCAUUUAUUGCAACCAGUGGUGGAUCAAGUAAUCAGGGUGGUUGCAUUUGUCCUGAUGGAAGCAGUGGUCAUAGACAGGGAGCCCCAGGUUAUCCACACAGCACAUAUUCUGGUAAUCAGGGAGGGCCUUUCUUCUAUCCCGGAGGAUCCUAUGGACAGGGCAGCCCAGGUUCUUCCCACAGUUCUUACUCUGGUAACCAGGGAGGGUCUUCCUACUAUCCUGGUGGAUCCUACGGACAGGGAGCCCCAGGUUAUCCACACAGCACAUAUUCUGGUAACCAGGGAGGGCCUUUCUUCUAUCCCGGAGGAUCCUAUGGACAGGGCGGCCCAGGUUCUUCCCACAGUUCUUACUCCGGUAACCAGGGAGGGUCUUCCUACUAUCCUGGUGGAUCUUAUGGACAGGGAGGGUCUUCUGUUUAUGAUGGUAGCAGUGAAUCCUAUGGUCAGGGUGGAUCUUCCGCAUAUAGUGGUGCUGAGUCCUAUGGCCAGGAUUCGCCUUCCAUAGGAGGCAGUGAAACUGCUGAGAGUGAUUCCUCCUCACCAGCUGGUAGCCGCCAGAGUGAACGGGAUUUUUAUUCCCCAGGAGGCAGCCAGUCAGGUGGACAUGGAUCAUCUUCUCAAGGUGGUGGCUACUCGAGUGGACAGGACUCAUCAUCAUCUGGAAGCAGCCAGUAUGGUGGGCAGGGUUCAUCUUCUUCAGGAGGCAGCCAGCCUGGUGGACAGGGUGCAUGUGAUUGUUCUGGGGGAAGUUCUGGUGGAUCCCCUACCUUAGUCAGAAGUGAUGCCUCUGCAAAUGACUCAUCUUCUUCUGGAGGCAGCCAAGAUUCAUAUUCCUCAGGAGCUAGCCAGUAUGGAGGACAUGGGCCAUCUUCUUAUGGAGGCAGCCAAUAUGGUGGACAAGGUUCACCUUCCUCAGGAGGCAGCCAAUAUGGUGGACAGGGUUCACCUUCUUCAGGAGGCAGCCAGUAUGGAGGACAGGGUCCAUAUUUCCCAGGUGGCAGCCAUUAUGGAGGACAGGGUGUGGCUUCUUCAGGAAGCAGCCAGUACAGUGGACAGGGCUUUUCUUCAGGAGUCAGACAGUCUGGUGGACAGGGUGGGUGUGUGUGCCCCGGUGGAGGUCCAGGCUCUUUUGGAGGAGCCAACUAUGCUGGUGGACAGGGUUCAUCAUAUUCUGGAAGCAAUCAGUAUGGUGGACAGGGAUCUUAUCCCUCAGGAAGCAGCCAGUAUGGUGGGCCGGGCUCAUUUUCUUCUGGAGGCAGACAACAUGGUAAACCAGGUUCAUCUUCCUCAGGAAGCAGUCAUCAAGGAAAGCCAGGUGGCUCUGGCUCAGGAAGCACUUAUUCUGGAAAACAGUCACCUUCCUCUGGAGGCAGUCAAGUGAGCUCUGCUGGGAAACACUCCACUCCCCAACUCCUGAUGUUAUUCAGUGUUUUGAGUGCCUUUGCUCUCUCUGCUGCCACAUCAAAAUGGUCUAUAUGAACCUCUGAAGAGCUGUUUGACAACCUAAACAUGGAUUAUAUUCCAUAUUAUUAGAUUAAUUACUUAAUGUAAGAAAAAAAAUAUCCUUAAGUCAAAUUGUCAGAUGCUACUUGGCUGUUAUGUUGCAUGUCUAGCUGAUAUGUCAUGCCUUUCAUUAGUUUACCUCUGGUUUUAGUCAUUAGUAGAUAUCAUUAGUUUUGUCAGUGUUUUAGGCAUCAUUUUAAGAGAGCAUAUUGUACCCCACCUGUAUGAUUUAUUUGUAUUUCUGACAGGGAAUGCGAUGAACACCUGCCUGAAAUGACUGGUGUGACAAAUGAACACUUAGAAAGUAUUUGGUUAUUAACCAAAGUGGACGAGGUCAAAUAAAUCGUUAUAGAUGCGAGCUGA